AUGCACCGACGCCCCGGUGUAGUGAAAAAUGAGCAAGGAUCUCCGCAUUUGACUCGACGAGUGCGGAGGGUAAGGAAGUUAGCCGAUCCUAGGAGGAUACGCUUAGGUAGCUGGAACGUAGGGUCCCUGGUGGGUAAGUUACGGGAGUUAGUUGAUACGGCGGUGAGGAGGCGUGUUGAUGUCCUAUGUGUCCAAGAGACCAAAUGGAAGGGACAGAAGGCGAAUGCGGUGGAGGAUACCGGUUUCAAGUUGUGGUACACGGGGACAACUUCAAACAAAAAUGGAGUAGGCAUCUUGGUCAAUAAGAGCCUCAGGGAUGGAGUUGUGGACGUCAAGAGGCAAGGGGACCGGAUGAUCCUUGUCAAGCUGGUCGUUGGGGACCUAGUCCUCAAUGUUAUCAGCGCGAUCUGUGUCCAGCGGGAUAAGCGCGCCAAAGUUGCUAGAACAAAGUGGUGGAAGCUCAAGGGUAAGGCAUCCCAGGCUUUCAGGGAGAGGGUUAUUAAGGAGGGCCCUUGGGAGGAAGGAGGCGAUGCAAACAUGAUGUGGACGAGUAUGGCGACCUGCUUGCGGAAGGUCGCUGUAGAGGAGUUUGGGGUGACUAAGGGAAGUAGAAGGGAAGCUAAGGAUACCUGGUGGUGGAACGAUGAGGUCCAGAAGGUUAUUAGGGAGAAGAAGGACUGUUUCAGAUGCCUAUAUCUGGACAGGAGUGCAGCUAACAUGGAGAAGUACAAAGUGGCGAAGAAGGCUGCAAACCGGGCGCUGCUGGAGGUGCUCUGGAACCGCCGGCUGGUGUUCGUGAGCGACUCGAUCGGGCGCAACCGGUGGGAGUCGAUGCUGUACAUGCUCUCCUCUGCUGUCCCCGAUGCCGAGGCCUCGGUGCGCGAGGAGAAUGGGAUCCCCAUCACCAAGCAGAAGGGCUUCGUCUCCUUCAGGUUCCUCCACGGCAACCUCGCCGUCGAGCACUACCAGUUGCCAUUCCUUGUCCGGCGUGGCAGCCGUCCCUGCCGCGCGCCCAAGAAUGUGUGUUCGGUUUUCCAGCUCAGCGCCAUGGAUGCUAGCUAG